UUCCAAGGGGAAAAAAUGUCCGACGUGCCUUUGGCGCAGAUGCCGGUGGCGCCGACCAAAUGGCGUCACCUGCCAACGACGAUUUACGAAAAAAACUACGGCUUCGGGAUAAACUAUUACCAGCCGAUGAUCGACUACCUCGACAGAAAGGAGAGCGCCGAGGCCUCCAAGAGCACGGCCCUCAAGGCCCCGCUACCCUUCACGGAGUCACGCGCCUCUUGGGAGCACAACUACAUCGUGCCCUACAGCAGAGACGAGCUCGCACGGCACACUAUAGCCACCGAAAUGAAGGCCAAGGAGCACUUGGAGAACUUUAAGGCAGCCCAGCGCUCGGACUUCAGUCGGCAAAAGUGCGUACAAGCGGCCCGAGUCUCGAAGGAGGUGUACUCGAGCAAGUUCGAGGCGGAGGCGACGAGGUUGCUGUACAGGCGAGCCGCGAGCGAGCCCGACUCCGAGUUCGCGGCGGAGGAGAUGGCAGGGUUGCGCAGCCAAGCCCUCCGGGAGCUCCAGUCGUGCAGCGACGAGGUGGCCAGCGGCACCACCACCACCGAGUCGUACCACCAGCACGGCCGGCAACUGCGGGGCAAGUCGGCCAAAGCCAUCGAGUUCCAGCUCAAGGCCAACGCGCUGAUGAACUUGUCGAGGAGCGAGGAGCUUGCCGACAUAAGGAAGUACCAGCGCGAGGUCGUCCACGUGCACCACGACGAGGCCGAGCACCAGAGGCUCAUGGAGGAGCGCUUCAGGAAUCUCACCGACCUCGAGAAGCUCACCACGCCCCUGGCCAGCCUCAGCAAGGAGAUGAAGAGCUUCGAGCAGAGGAACAGUAGCUAUUUACUCGACAAGAGCAAGCAGACCAGCAUCGAAAUCGAGCAGCUGAACGCCCGCGUCGUCGAGGCCGAGAUCAAGCUCAAGACGGAAGUGCAGCGCGUCAAGAAGAAGCUGCAGAUCCAGAUCACGGAGCUCGAGCUGUCGCUCGACGUCGCCAACAAGACCAACAUCGACCUCCAGAAGACCAUCAAGAAGCAAUCGCUCACCUUGACCGAGUUGCAAGCCCACUACGAUGAGGUUCAGCGCCAGCUGCAGGUGACGCUCGAUCAGUUGGGCAUCAGCCAGCGCCGCCUGCAAUCCUUGACUUCCGAGCUCGAGGAGGUCCGCGGCAACUACGAAUCCGCCCUUCGUGCCAAGAGGACGGUCGAGCAGGCGUACGAGGAGGCGACGAGCCGCAUAAACGAGCUGACGACCAUAAACGUGAACAUCGCGUCCUCGAAGGCGAAGCUCGAGCAGGAGCUGUCGACCCUCGCCGGUGACUACGAGGAGGUGACGAAGGAGCUGCGCGUGAGCGACGAGCGCUACCAACGCGUCCAGAACGAGCUCAAGCACACCGUCGAGAUUCUGCACGAGGAGCAGGAGCGCAUCGUUAAAAUCGAGGCGAUCAAGAAGAGCCUCGAGAUCGAAGUCAAGAACAUCUCGGUGCGCCUCGAGGAGGUCGAGGCCAACGCGAUCGUCGGUGGAAAGCGCAUCAUCAGCAAACUCGAGGCCAGGAUCCGUGAUCUCGAGUUGGAGCUGGACGAGGAGAAGCGCCGACACGCCGAGACGGUGAAGAUCCUGCGCAAGAAGGAGCGCAACAUCAAGGAGGUGAUGAUCCAGGUCGAGGAGGACUCGAAGAACAUAGCCCUGCUGCAGGAGUCGCUCGACAAGGCCAGCCAAAAGGUCAACAUUUACAAGCGCCAGCUGACGGAGCAGGAGGGCAUGUCCCAGCAGAGCGUGACGAGGGUGCGCCGCUUCCAGCGCGAGCUCGAGGCGGCCGAGGAUCGGGCCGACACCGCCGAGUCCAACCUCACCCUCAUACGCGCCAAGCACCGCAGCUUCGUCACCACGUCGUCCGUCCCCGGCUCCCAGGUCUACCUCGUCCAGGAGUCGAGGCAGGAGCUGUAGGGCUCCCCCGACCCCGAGCCAUCCCCCUCUCCCAAAAAAAAAAAAAUCCCUCAGCGCAUCUCGCCCGUACCGCAGCAUUACAAACGACAAGAGUACGUUCAACCACCCGAUUUACGUUGUACUCGUAGAUGCCGAAUCAUACGCUCUUUCAAGUAUCGGUUUUCCAAUUUGUCAUCAGGCAACACUUUUUUCGGGCGAGGAAGAGUGAGCAGAAACGACGGCGGAGCAAGCGAGAAGUACCACAUUGCCUCGAGCAGCCCUUGUGUAAGGACGCAUCUAUCGAGCGCCUAAAAACACGGACGAGCUCAUCUGUAUUUUUGAUUGAUUAUGUUAUUACGAUGAUGAUGAUGAUGAUGAUGAUUUUUAAAAGCCGGACAUUUUAUGAAUAAAAUUUUCGAUGAAAAAUGAUGAAACUAGAAAACCAAAAACCGAGUCUACACCACACCGCAACAGGUUGCACCGAGGCCAUUUCACAAUGACGAUCGAUAUUAACGAGUCCAAAGUACACACAUAUUUAUAAAAUAACCAUGCCAUAACGUCAAGUUUCUCUCAUCUCGGCUUUUUUCCUCUCUCUCGCUCGCACACAUCUCAACACCAUUAUUUGUUAUCACGUGUACGCACAUACAUAUUUAUAUACAUACAUGCAAAUCAACAUGUAUAUGUUAUUUAUAUCGAAACAUUAUUUCACACCCCACGAAAUUUUCGUGCCUUCAUCCAUCGCUCACUUUCGGAUCCCGAAAAAAAAAAAAAAAAAAUAUUGCAUCCUCGCCUUGUUUCUUCCUCUUUCGGGAUGGCUCGUGAUGCAAAGUUCAUCGUUAAUAAUAAUGUGCAUUUUUGCAUGCACACACAUCUCCACGUGUCUCUCACGCUCUUUCUAUUUUUCUAUCUCUCCGUCUCUGUCUUUCUCUGUACUCUUUCGUUUUUAUUUUCUAUGGUUCGUACUAAAGUGUAUACGCGUUUCCAUGAGCCCGAAGCAAAGGAGUAAGAAACAAAGGCAACCUGAGAAGAGAGCGAAUUUGAAACGAGACGCGCUUUUCGACGGAAUAAAUGAUACUUGUAUCGAUUAAUAAUAAAAAAUAAAUAAAUAAAUAAAAA